UUGGGUUUCGUUUGGACAGCGAAUGGUAUGGGGAUCUGACCACCCUAAAGCCAGGACGACGAUGACCUUCACUGUUUUGUCCCCAUUCGACCAAAUGCCUCAUCUUCACGCCUGUUAACACCUCUCUCCUCAUCUUCACGCCUAUAACACCUCUCCCCUCUCCAUCUAACACUACACCCAUCCCUCUCUCCCCGUGUCGUUCCUCCAUUUAAAAGCCCCUGUGUGUUGUUCCCCUAUGUAACAACCCCUGUUUCUCUCACUCUCUCAUAUGCCUUACACCGAUCGCUCUGAGAUGCCUCGUAUUUCAUUCUCUAGUGACGACGUUUGCAGAAACCGGGAAGCUGGCCCUGUGAAAGGCGACCCUGACUUCGAAUUCAUAGUGUUCAACUCCGACACUUUGGUCACAGCAGACGAGCUUUUCUUCCAAGGUAAAUUGCUCCCCCUUCGCCAGCCCUCAUGUUCAUCCCAAGCUUUGAUGCACAGAGUAAGCUUCAACUGUGAGGAGAGAGAGACUAAGGCUGGUGGACCAUGUGGGGUCGAAGAAGAGAUAGAGAAGAAGGCUACGGUGGUUAUCUGUGGCGAAGAGGACCCCUCUCCGAGGCCCCCCACUUGCUCUGGCAGGUGGAAAGAAUUGUUAAAGCUGAGGUUGUGGAGAGCACAGGCUCCAUCCUCCAAGAGCGAGCGCAAAGUAUCCAACGAGAGAGUAGAUGGAGUGACAAGGGUGGAGGAAGAGAAAGAAAGUGCAGUGAAGGCUGGGGAGGAGAGAGAAAGUGGAUUGAGGAAGGUGGGGGAGGAGAGAGAAAUUCUAUUGGAGGAGGAUAGAGAAUGUGAAUUGAGGAAGGUGGAGGAGGAAAGAGAAAUUGGAUUCAGGAAGGUAGCGGAGGUGAGAGAAUGUGGAGUGAGGAAGGUGAAGGUGAGGUUUGAUAAGGAGGCUGCGGCAAGGAAGAGAGAGAGUGUGAGGAUAUGCACAAGUGUGCGUGUCCGUCCCGUGUUGAACGUUCCGGUGUGCUCGAGUGUGAAGAAUCAUGGAAUUCCUCGUCUUCUUCCAGCCCCACAGAGGAGGCCAGUUCGAAAUAUCAGAAACUUUGUGGUAGGAGGGUCCGGUGGAUUCUAGCAUCGAUGGAGAAUCCGCUGUUGUUUGACAUUGUAUAUACAACCUCUCUGUGUUUUCUUCUCUAACUAUCCUUUUCAAUUAACAAGAUGAAUCGCCCUGUUUGAUUCGAGUUGUUUGUGUCCAUUGAAUAUUUAGAAUAUGCUCUUGAAUGCUUUCUUUUCAAUGGAAGCCCUUCAAUGGACUCAUCAUUAUUUUU